AUGAUAAUUUUUGAUAAAAAUAAAAUAAAUACUUUAAUACCAUUAUGGAAUUAUAAAACUAAAAAAGAGUGUUAUAAUUAUAUAGAAAGAAAAAUAAGAUUUCCAUCUUUUUCUCAAGCAUGGAAAUUCAUGAAUGAGAUAUCCAAAUAUAAUGAAAAAUUAAAUCAUCAUUGUAAAUAUAUAAAUGAUUAUAAUAAAGUAAAAAUAAAAAUCCAUACGCACAUAUCAAAAGAUAUAACUGAUAAAGAUAUAAAAUUGGCUCAUAUUAUUGAUGAAACCCUGAAGAAUUAUGAACAUGAUACAAUUAAAGAAAAAACACAUUAG